AGGAAGGAAUGAGGCAGAAGGAAGAAAGGAAGGCAGGAAAGAAGGAAUGAAUAAGUCAAGCAAAGAUAUUGGAGGUCAAUUCAUUUAUCUAUCCAUCCAUUCAUUAAUUCAACAAACAACUCUCGAGUUCCCGUCAGGUCCCAUUCCAGGCAUUAAGGACACAAUUAGCAAGCUCAAGUGACUGGUGACUGACUCUCAGCAUUUCCAGCCUGAAAUAAGGCUGUGAGCCACGACAAGGCAGAAAUGAUUUUCGUCAGCUGAGGCCAGAGCUGGCUGCAGGGCACACCCUGCUCACUGACCGCCGACCACCGGCGGGGACACCGACAACGCAACCCUAAGCUUCCUGACAGAGGUGUUAAUCCUGAGGGUCUGAUACCGCCUCCUGCCCACUGCGGUCCUAUCUUUCAGGAUGAUCCCCAAGGAGCAGAAGGGGCCCGUGAUGGCUGCCACGGGGGACCUCGCUGGACCAGUCCCUCUGCUGGACCUGGGCAAGAAGCUGAGCGUGCCCCAGGACCUGAUGAUGGAGGAGCUCUCGCUCCGCAACAACCGAGGGUCCCUCCUCUUCCAGAAGAGGCAGCGCCGUGUGCAGAAAUUCACCUUUGAGUUUGCAGCCGGCCAGCGGGCGAUCGUGGCUGGAAGCGCCAAGGGGAAGGUGACUGGAGCGGCAGAGCCCGGGACGGUUGCCAACGGCCCCGAAGGGCAGAACUACCGCUCGGAGCUCCACAUCCUCCCGGCCUCGUCCGGGGGUCCCAAGGACGCCCAGCCCGCAGCCUCCCGGGCGGAGACCGCCCGCAGCCCCAGCGCCCUGGCGCCAGGCUACGCGGAGCCACUGAAGGGCGUCCCGCCGGAGAAGUUCAACCGCACGGCCAUCCCCAAGGGCUACCGCUGCCCGUGGCAAGAGUUCAUCAGCUACCGGGACUACCAGAGCGACGGCCCACGUCACACCCCCAGCCCGGCCGAGUAUCGGAAUUUCAACAAGACCCCGGUGCCCUUCGGAGGGCCCCUGGUGGGGGAGGCCGUUCCCAGGGCGGGCACUCCCUUCAUCCCGGAGCUCGCCAGUGGCCUGGAACUCCUCAGCCUGAGACCCAGCUUCAACAGAGUGGCCCGGGGCUGGGUCCGCAACCUCCCGGAGUCCGAGGAGCUGUAGCCCCAGCCUGAAUCUUCAAUUCCCCAGUCUCAGAGUUCGGGUAACAUCUGGAGGCAAGACUUACGGACGGCACUUCACAUACAAAACCCACUGCAAAUGGCCUCAAAGGCCGCAAAGUUCAGUAGUCCCCAAACGUGGUGUGCUUCAAAAUUACCUGGGGAUGUUAUUUUUAACACAAAUCUCUGUCCCGCCCCAGACAUGCAGUGUCAGAAAGCCCUGAGCUGGGGAGGCUCUGAGGAGCACCAGUACUCCCAGGUGAUUCCAGUGUCCUGGUCUGUGUCUUUAGGAAGCCCAAGCACCGCUGAAUCACAUCCUGCCUCCACUCCGCCCUGCUCCUGCGCUCCAGCUUACAAUCCCCAGUGACUGCGAGCUCACUGGCUGCCCAUCUGCCUGUGAAUAACUCUGAUCAUGAGAAAGGUUUUCGUUUUUCUGAGCUGCAGUUGGUCUUUAUCUACUCAUGCUGUAAACAUUUACAAAGCACCUACUGUGUGCUAGAUGCUGUGCCAGCCCCAGGAAGAGUGUGUGGUGAAUAAGCCCAGGCCCUGGCCUAGAGGAGGAGAAGACAGAUUUGUAAAGCAGGAGAUCUUAAUUUUUCCCUAAAGCAUGCUAACUGACAAUUGAGGAACAAAGCCCCACGAGGCAGAGGAGGGGGCCUCUCACCCUGGGUGUGGGGUGGGAUUCUGGGAAGCUUCCCAGAGGACUUGAGUGGGACCUCAGGGGAGGAGUGAGUCCAUCAAGGGAAGAGGGUGUGAUGGGGAGGGCAUUGCUGGCGAGCGGACCAGCCCAUGCAAAGGUGCAGAACUGUCAUAGGUGCAGGGUGUUCUGGAGAAGGGAGAGGGCAAUGUUAGAGGAGCCAGCGACUCCUCAGAGGGCACAAGUGGGGCGGGGCUGUACUAAGGAAAUGGGGGAGGUUCUUCAGCUGGGGAGGGAGGUUGCCAUGUGAGGCACAGAUUGGAAAGGAAUAAGGCCAGGAGCCAGGAAGCCUUCAAGGAACAAGGCCUGGACUAGGGAGGUGGCCAUGGGGACGGGAAGAAGGGGCACCCCUGUGGGCACCUUACAGGACAGGUGCAAAGUGGGGCGCUUCUAAGGACUCCUUCUUUCCACCUCCUUCCGCUCACCAUUCUGAGCAGGCCCCAGGGUAGAUCUUGUCCUGGUCCCUGCAGGAGUAGCUCGGGGCUCUACUCCGGCUCACUAGGAAGAGGAGAGAAAGGAAUGCCUCUUAGUUCAAGUGAUGGUGAUGGUGAUGGUG